CGACCGCUUUGCCUGUGUAUAUAACGGUCUGUGAUGAUGAUGAUGAUGAUGAAGUAUUCUAAAGGAUUAAGAAGAACUGAAUAGACUAUUUUCUGUUGGGGAGUUCAGCAGACGUUUUGAUCCAGCAACACUUUUAUUUGUUUCGUUUGAAGUUUUGUGCCUCGCGCCUCUCUCCGCCCACCGGACCGGACUCGGCUCGCUCGUUCACGCGCCUCCAGCAGCAGACUCGAGUCUCGAGCUCAUCAUCGUGUGGUCGCAGGUCGAGAAGAUGUCGGCUCGGUGCUGCUCGGUCAGUGUGCUGUUUCUGUGUCUGUCUGGAUGUUUGACCACCACAGACGCGGCUCCAGGACGGGACUGCACAGAGGAGGGUCACUGUCCAGCGAAGCUGACGGUCGUGCCGUCCAGUCGGGGAUGUGUUUCUGAUAAAGACUGCUCUGGAGGACACAAAUGCUGUGUCUUUGACUGCGGGGCUGUGUGUGUGCCGCCUGCUUUCACAAAGCCGGGAGUGUGUCCACGCAGGAAAUUUGGAGCAGGAAUGUGUGCAGAGUUCUGUGUCAAUGACAGUGACUGUCCAAACAGUGAGAAAUGCUGCAGCAAUGGAUGUGGACAUGAUUGUAUGGCUCCAUAUACAGUGAAGCCGGGUCGAUGUGCUCUCCCGAAGGGGACUCCAAUGUGUGCAGAAUACUGUUACCAUGAUGGCCAGUGUCCUGCUGAACAGAAGUGUUGCCCAACCACCUGCGGUCAUGCAUGCAGUGAACCGUGCUGAAUUAACCUAAUGAAGGAGUCUUUGGUGGAUUGAUUUUGCAUAAUCAUGCAUACUUGAUUUAUUUAGCCAUUUAGUGAUUUAUUCAUAGAGGUUGUUUUCCUCAUUUAUAACCAUCAACUAAACCUUAUAGUUUCAGUAAACCUUCCAGUGGUUGUGUAUUCUUGGCCACAAAAUAACAAAGAAAAUUGCUUCAUUGAA